UUAAUUUUCUCACGGGAAACAAACUUGAAAGCUCUUAUAGAUCUGAUAGACAGAUACCUUAUUCUCAUACUACAUUUCCCAGAAGCCCAUGAGUGACAGAUAAAUGGACGAAUCGCUCUUUCCAGGGCUACUUCUCUGGGCGGCUCUGGGUGGGGACGGGACCAUGGAACUUCAAACCGCUCUGCGGCUGCGCAGUGGGCUACUGCGCUCAAAGAUGUGCACAUUGACCCAGAAGAGUCAGAUGCGGAGGUUUGGAUAAAUCAGCCCUCAUUCAGAAAUGGAGACUUUGCAAAAAAUUGGCAGGUAGACAUCCGGCUUUCCUUCAUCUCCACUACUGCCAGUGUGCAGAAGAUAUCUUACAUUUUCACAGACCCUGACAGCAAGUUAACUACAGCAGUUCACUCCUGCCACUCCCCCUCAAAAAGUCUUCAGUAUGUAUCAUAUUGUCCCAGUGGCUCCUGGGGAGCAGCAGACAGCCGGAGGAGCUGGUGGUUCUCCACUGAAGAAGAAACUGGCUCAUGAAGGUCGGCCCCUGGUGAUGGCAGGCAUGUUAGGCUGUGUGUUGGUGCUGGCUGCAGUGGUUUCCUGGUGCUACUACUCCGCGUCCCUCCGUAAAGCCCAGUUGCUGAAGGUUGAGCUGUUGGACCUGAACAAGGACGGUUUUAUUAUUCAUAACCAGACGGGGGCUGUCAUCUUCAGUAUGACGUUCAGGUCUGGCACUCUGGAUCUAGACUCCUGCUCAAAGGAGGGAAAUAUUCUGAGCUGCACUCAGUCAGAUAGUGGCAAGCUCAACUUCUUCAUCCAGACGGUUCAAACAAAAGACACCGUGAUGUGCUACCGUGUUCGCUGGGAGGAGCUGCAAAAUGAGCGCUCAGUGGAGCAUGCCAUGGCCUACAACGACUCUCAUUGGUAUGGAGGGGCAGAGACGGCAACACAGUACUGGCCUAUCAGGAUGCAGGGCGAAAAGGCACCGCAGCCUUUCGUCACCAGUGAUGUCUACUUGAAUCGGAAUGCUUUUGGGGGAAUCUUAGAACGCUAUUGGCUGUCUUCAAAUGCGACCGCCAUCAAGAUUAAUGACUCGGUACCUUUUCAUUUGGGGUGGUCAGAGAAGGACAGGACACUGCGGUUCCAGGCCAGAUACCAGGACUCUCCCUUCAGACCCCCAGAGGGUCAGGAGCCAUUACCUGAACUCAGCUAUAGAGUGUGUGUGGGGUCGGAUGUUACCUCUAUUCACAAAUACAUGGUGCGGCGGUAUUUUCCAAAGCCUAUCAAGGUCCCAUCUCCUGAAGUGUUCAAACAGCCAUUGUGGUCCACGUGGGCUCUCCACAAGACGGCUGUAACUCAGGAGAAGCUGCUGCGUUUUGCCUCUGACAUCACUAAGCAUAGCUUCAAAUGCUCCCAUCUGGAGCUGGACGACCGCUACACUGCUGACUAUGGAGAGUUUGACUUUGACCCGCAGAAGUUCCCCAAUGCUAGCGGUAUGUUUGACAAACUCAGAGAGGAUGGGUUUCAGGUGUCGCUCUGGACACAUCCUUUUAUCAACUAUGACUCCAUUAAUUUUGGUGUUGCUGUGGAGAAAGGACUGUUUGUCCGGGAGCCUAGCGGUGAGCUGCCUGCUCUGGUUCGCUGGUGGAACGGCAUUGGAGGAAUCUUGGACUUUACCAACCCAGAAGCCCGUGAGUGGUAUUCCUCACAUCUAAGUAUGAUCAAAGCCCGCUAUGAUGUGACGUCCUUCAAGUUUGAUGCAGGAGAGACAAGUUAUCUCCCACGCCAGUUUAGCACCCUGGUGCCACUGUCUGACCCCUCCACCUUCACCCGCUACUACACAGAGAUGGCCAUCCCAUUCAGUGAGCGUGCAGAGCUGAGGGUGGGUUACCAGAGUCAGGACAUCUCCUGCUUCUUCAGGAUCAUUGACAGAGACUCUGUGUGGGGUUACGAGCUCGGCCUCAAGUCCAUCAUUCCGACUGUUCUGACUAUUAGCAUUCUGGGCUACCAGUUUGUCUUACCCGAUAUGAUUGGAGGGAAUGCAUACCUCAACCGCACUGCAGGUGGUUUAAAUGGCAAAAAUGUUCUGCCGGACAGAGAGCUGUACAUCCGAUGGUUGGAGCUGUCGGCUUUCAUGCCUGCCAUGCAGUUCUCUAUACCACCGUGGGCCUAUGACAAUGAGGUGGUACAGAUAGCGCAGAAGUUCACAGAGCUUCAUGAAACUCUGGUGGCUCCAAGAGUUCUCGAACUUGCAGGUGAGGUUCUUAAAACAGGAGACCCGAUCAUAAGACCCCUCUGGUGGAUCGCCAACGUUGACGAGGCAGCCUACAAGAUCGACUCCCAGUUCCUGAUCGGGGAUGAUCUGAUGGUGGCUCCAGUGUUGGAGCCAGGAAAGCAGGAGAGGGACAUCUACCUGCCUGCAGGACGAUGGAAAAGCUACAAGGGGGAACAUUUUGAUAAAGGCCCCAUGUACCUUACUGACUACCCUGUCGACCUGGAUGAGAUAGCUUUCUUUACAAGGGUUUACUGAAGACAUUAAAGAGACAUAAAUUCACACACACAUACUGUAUGCAAGUAUGUUCUUGUGAGCACACAUGCCAUGAAAUAGCAGGAGAUGUUUGUUUUUCAAUGGGAAAUGUCAACGAGGGGAUUUGCUGCCAUAGCAGUGAACCUUCUGUCUCCUCUGACCUGCUCUUUCUUCUGACUUCUACCUGCAAAUUAUAGCCGUCCGCCCCAAGAAUUAGAAUGAAACUUGUGUUCACUUCUGAUGCUCUUGCUCCAUCCUUAAGCUGAUCCUCAUCCUCAUGUGCCUUCCACAGCCAAUAAUAAAAAAAGAUCUCUGAUUGUAUUGUUCCUGCAGUCUUCCACCUAAUGGACUAUUAGAUUGUAAAAUUUCUUCAAAGUUUACAGCUAGAAUGGUUUUGGUUUUUAGGGUGAUGAAGCGUAGAUGAAAUGAUAUGUCUUAAAUGUGGCUUGACAGGGCUGGCAAUGAACCAGCAAUAAAUCUGCACUCCAAGUUGGAAAGAUGCACUCUUGCUUAGAGGAAGAAAAGUAAUAAUAAUAUAUACUUUCAUCAAGCCUGCAAGAGGAAUUUCAAAUUUGUCAUCGUCAAAUUUAAGAGAUAUAUAUAUAUAUAUAUAUAUAUAUAUAUACAUACACACACACACACACAUGCAGUAGGACCUAUACACAUGCAUUAUGUUUGGAAGGGUGAGGGUGCCCUUAUAGAAUGGUGCCCUGAACAGUUGGGGGGGUUGGUGCCUUGCUCAAGGGCACCUUGGCAGUGCCCAGAAGGCAAACUGGCACCACUACCAGUCCACACUCUGUACUUUGUUUGUGCAAUUUAUGUCACCAUAGCCACUGCUGUAUUGUGGAUAAAUGUUCCCAACUACCUAUGUUUAAGCAAACAUGCAUUAAUUAGCAUUGGACUGACAACAUCUAACAGUUGUCAGCCACUUUCUCUUUAUAUUCAUGAACUUUUUUUCUUUUGAUUUGGAGGAUAGUAUUUAAGUGUAUAAACAGUAAAUUCAAGUAACUCUGGUUUUAAAUGUAGGUUACUUGUCAUGAUAUUAAUUUUAAGUCAGCAUUCCUUGACCUGUUGUGCCAGUCUGUCAUUUCAGUGCCAAAUCUAAGUAAAAUUCACAGCUCAGGGUAGAUUUGAAAAAAAACAAAAAACAUUUCUUAUGUUGUUGUACUUGUGUUGUUCCAUAGCAAGAAAUCCAUUAAUGACACUAAUGCAACUGGUUUGCCUUGUACUGUAAGACAGGCAUUGUUCUUAAAUGCCAUAUUACAAUGUGCCGUCCCUGUCUUUCUUGUGACUUUAUUUGCCUUAUCAGCUGAACUAAGCUAUGCCAUCCUUAGCACAAAGGACCAGUGGAGGGAUGAAACGCACCUCAGCACACAGUGAUAUGCUUGAUGCUUUGCACCUUUUACAUUUUUAAGCCUUGACAUUGCAAAGUUCUUAAGGAUCUGCCGUCUGAAUACACACGAUUGUCUGCUCUUAUACAGUGAUUUCUGCUAUAAAAGUAAAGCACACCACUGGUGUUAUCAAAAUGCCUUGCCUGCGUAAUAAAAAC